AUGGCCGAUCCCCCACCAGACCCUGAUCCGCAGGACUUCUUGGGCCAGAGGGUGUCCCAGCCCACGGAGCAGCGCGCCGGCCUAGCGCCGGCCCUGUCCACACAGGAGCUCCCGGGGGUCCCGGAUAUCUCGCAGCCCCCCGGCAGCCCCCAGGGAGGUCUGGACGCCUUCCAGACCUGGGCCCCCGGGGGAGGCUUGGUCCCCGACGCGGGGGGCCUCCCGGUGUUCCAGAUGCCGGCACCCGGGAUGGGGGGCGCCGAGUACCCGAGCAUCAGCACCCUCUAUCACCCCCAGUCCCAGCAAGCCUUCCUGGACGAGCUGGGCGAGGACGAUGAGGAGGACAGCCACAGCUUCAUGCUGCAGCGGUUGCAGCAGGACGAGCGGCUGUACCAGCAGCUGGAGGCCGCCUACCAGCCGCCCACCUCCGAGCUGCUCAGCCAGCUGGGCGGCCUGUACCAGACUGAUGAGCUGCAGUACAGCGAGGAUGCGCAGCACGGGCCCUACCUGAGGGACGACCCUACCCUGCAUUUCUCACCCUCGGAGGCGGGCUUCAUGCCCUUCGGGCCCGAGGUGCCCGAGCCACAGCCACGGGAACUGGCCAUUCAGAACGCUAAGGCCUACCUGUUGCAGACGAGCAUCAAUGGCGACAUCAGCCUGUACGAGCACCUGGUGAACGUCCUGACCAAGAUACUGAACGAGCGGCCGCAGAACCCCCUGUCCAUCCUGGAGUGGCUGAACCACACCGCCCGGACGGAGUGGUUCCACCCCAAGCUGGACACGCUGCGGGAUGAGCCUGAGAUGCUGCCCACCUACGAGAUGGCUGAGAAGCAGAAGGCGCUGUUCCUGCGCCAGGGCGAGGGCGAGCAGGAGAUGGAGGAGGAGGUGGGGGACACGGCGGUGCCCAACAUCAUGGAGACGGCCUUCUACUUCGAGCAGGCGGGCGUGGGGCUGAGCUCGGACGAGAACUUCCGCAUCUUCCUCGCGCUGAAGCAGCUGGUGGAGCAGCAGCCGGUGCACACGUGCCGCUUCUGGGGCAAGAUCCUGGGGCUGCGCCGCAGUUACCUGGUGGCCGAGGUGGAAUUCCGGGAGGGCGAGGACGAGGAGGUGGAGGAGGAGGUGGAGGAGACGCAGGAGGGCGGCGAGGUGGCCGAGGGCCACGACGAGGACGAGGGCGAGGAGGACGAGGACAAGGUCCCCGACGUCCUCCCCAAGUCCACGUGGAAGCCGCCGCCGGUGGUCCCGCGCGAGGAGAGCCGCAGCGGCGCCAACAAAUACCUGUACUUCGUGUGCAACGAGCCGGGCCGGCCCUGGACGCGGCUGCCCCACGUCACGCCGCUGCAGAUCGUGCAGGCGCGCAAGAUCAAGAAGUUCUUCACCGGCCACCUGGACGCGCCGGUCAUCAGCUACCCGCCCUUCCCGGGCAACGAGGCCAACUACCUGCGUGCGCAGAUCGCCCGCAUCUCGGCCGCCACGCUCAUCAGCCCGCUCGGCUUCUACCAGUUCGGCGAGGAGGAGGGCGACGAGGAGGAGGAGGGCGGCGGCGGCCGCGACUCGUUCGAGGAGAACCCCGACUUCGAGGGCAUCCCUGUCCUGGAGAUGGUGGACUCCAUGGCCAACUGGGUCCACCACGCACAGCACAUUCUGCCGCAGGGCCGCUGCUCCUGGGUGAACCCUUUGCAGAAGACGGAGGAGGAGGAAGAGCUGGGGGAGGAGGAGGAGAAGGCGGAUGAGGCCCUGGAGGAGGUGGAGCAGGAGGUGGGACCCCCACUGCUGACCCCGCUCUCGGAGGACGCUGAAAUCAUGCACAUGUCACCCUGGACCGCCCGGCUGUCCUGCAACCUCUGUCCCCAGUACUCCUUGGCUGUCGUGCGCUCCAACCUCUGGCCAGGAGCCUAUGCCUACGCCAUCGGCAAGAAGUUUGAGAACAUUUACAUUGGCUGGGGCCACAAGUACAGUCCUGAAAACUUCAACCCGCUGCUGCCGCCGCCCAUUCAGCAGGAGUACCCCACCGGCGCCGACACCCUGGAGAUGAGUGAUCCCACGGUGGAGGAAGAGCAGGCUCUUAGGGCUGCACAGGAACAGGCCUUAGCUGCAGCAGAGGAAGAGGAGGAGGAUGAGGAAGAUGAAGAGGAUGAGGAACCUGAUGACUGA